CCUCCGCGUCAACGUCUCCGCCAUCCUCUACAUGAUGAACAAUGAGCAGUUCGGGCACAGCACCGCCUCGGCCCAAUAUUUUCUGCAGUUGGCUGGCUACCUGGGCAUUCCGGUGAUUUCUUGGAAUGCGGACAACUCGGGCCUGGAACGACGCGCCUCACAAUCAACGCUACAGCUUCAACUGGCGCCCAGCAUUGAGCACCAAAGCGCAGCCAUGCUGAGCAUUCUGGAGCGCUACAAGUGGCAUCAGUUCAGUGUGGUUACCUCACAGAUCGCUGGCCACGAUGACUUCGUGCAGGCGGUGCGCGAGCGCGUUGCCGAAAUGCAGGAGCACUUUAAGUUCACAAUUCUGAAUAGCAUUGUAGUGACACGCACCAGCGAUCUUAUGGAGCUGGUAAAUAGCGAGGCACGCGUCAUGCUGCUGUAUGCGACGCAAACGGAGGCCAUCACUAUUCUACGCGCCGCCGAAGAAAUGAAGCUUACGGGCGAGAACUAUGUGUGGGUGGUCAGUCAAUCGGUGAUCGAGAAGAAGGAUGCCCAUUCCCAGUUUCCUGUGGGCAUGCUGGGCGUUCACUUUGACACGAGCAGCGCGGCGCUUAUGAACGAAAUCUCGAACGCAAUCAAGAUCUAUAGCUAUGGCGUGGAGGCCUACCUCACAGAUCCGGCCAAUCGCGAUCGCCGCCUUACAACACAAUCUCUGUCCUGCGAGGACGAGGGUCGUGGUCGGUGGGACAAUGGUGAAACCUUCUUCAAGUACUUGCGCAACGUGUCAAUUGAGGGCGAUUUGAAUAAGCCGAACAUUGAGUUCACCGCCGACGGGGACUUGAAGUCCGCUGAGCUGAAGAUCAUGAAUCUGCGUCCCAGUGCCAACAACAAGAAUCUUGUUUGGGAGGAGAUCGGUGUGUGGAAAUCGUGGGAGUCGCAAAAACUGGACAUACGCGACAUUGCUUGGCCAGGUAAUUCGCACGCACCUCCGCAAGGUGUGCCCGAGAAAUUCCAUUUAAAGAUCACAUUCCUCGAGGAGGCACCCUAUAUCAAUCUCUCACCCGCCGAUCCAGUCAGUGGCAAGUGUCUCAUGGACCGCGGUGUGCUCUGUCGUGUGGCGGCCGAUCACGAGAUGGCCGCCGACAUCGAUGUGGGCCAGGCACACCGAAACGAGUCCUUCUAUCAAUGCUGUAGUGGAUUUUGCAUAGAUUUAUUGGAGAAAUUUGCCGAGGAGCUCGGCUUCACCUACGAGCUGGUGCGGGUUGAAGAUGGUAAAUGGGGUACACUUGAGAAUGGUAAAUGGAAUGGUUUGAUUGCCGAUUUGGUAAACCGCAAGACGGACAUGGUGCUCACAUCGCUCAUGAUCAACACCGAGCGCGAAGCGGUUGUUGAUUUCAGCGAACCCUUCAUGGAGACGGGCAUUGCCAUAGUUGUGGCGAAGCGUACGGGCAUUAUAUCGCCCACCGCUUUCCUGGAGCCCUUCGACACGGCCUCAUGGAUGCUGGUGGGUAUUGUGGCUAUACAAGCGGCUACAUUCAUGAUCUUUUUGUUCGAGUGGCUCUCGCCGAGCGGCUACGACAUGAAGCUCUAUCUGCAAAACACCAAUGUGACGCCCUAUCGCUUCUCCUUGUUCCGCACCUACUGGCUGGUCUGGGCGGUGCUCUUCCAAGCGGCCGUCCAUGUCGACUCUCCACGCGGCUUCACCUCCCGGUUUAUGACCAACGUCUGGGCUUUGUUCGCUGUUGUCUUUCUUGCCAUAUACACUGCCAACCUGGCGGCCUUCAUGAUAACAAGGGAAGAGUUCCAUGAGUUCAGCGGCCUCAACGACAGUCGUUUGGUCCACCCUUAUUCUCACAAGCCGUCCUUUAAGUUUGGUACAAUACCCUACAGCCACACGGAUUCAACCAUACAAAAGUACUUUAAGGAUAUGCACUACUACAUGAAGCAAUAUAACAAGACGAGUGUCGCAGAUGGUGUCGCUGCCGUACUGAACGGCAAUCUGGAUUCGUUCAUUUAUGACGGCACCGUUUUAGACUAUCUAGUGGCACAGGACGAAGACUGUCGCCUGAUGACCGUGGGUAGCUGGUACGCUAUGACGGGUUACGGGCUGGCCUUCAGCCGAAACUCCAAAUACGUGCAAAUGUUCAACAAGCGUCUGCUCGAGUUUCGAGCCAAUGGCGACCUGGAACGCCUGCGUCGCUACUGGAUGACGGGUACUUGCCGGCCAGGAAAACAGGAGCACAAGUCUUCGGAUCCGCUGGCCCUCGAGCAGUUCUUGUCAGCUUUCCUUUUGCUGAUGGCUGGCAUAUUGCUGGCAGCUCUGCUGCUGUUACUUGAGCACGUCUACUUCAAGUACAUACGGAAGCGUCUGGCCAAGAAGGAUGGUGGCCACUGUUGCGCUCUAAUAUCUCUUUCGAUGGGCAAGUCGCUGACCUUCCGAGGCGCUGUGUACGAGGCAACGGAAAUAUUAAAGAAGCAUCGCUGCAAUGAUCCCAUUUGCGACACGCAUCUUUGGAAGGUGAAACACGAGCUGGACAUGUCGCGUUUACGUGUGCGGCAACUGGAGAAGGUCAUGGAUAAGCAUGGCAUUAAGGCGCCGCAAUUAAGACUUGCUUCAUCCUCCGAUUUGCUGAAUCAUCAUCACCUCAAGGAACGCCCGCCGUUAUUGGGCAAUUUGAGCUUGGCAGCCAGCGCACAAGAUCUAUACAGGUGGUCUUACAAAACGGAAAUCGCCGAGAUGGAGACCGUGCUCUGAAGUGUUUGGAAUGCAAUUAAAUCAUACUAUUUUUGGCAUUGAACGAGGCCAACCAAACUUAACUCUUAACUGCAUUCAUUCAAGUAAAUAGAUACACACACACACACACAUACAUACAUGCUACAUAUACCAAACAUAGGACAUAGCUAACAUAAAACCAACAACCAACCACACACACACACACAAGAACAACUAAAGCAAGUAAUAAGCAUUUCAAUGAACAAGCAAGAAACUUUUUUUUAAGAAUUACAACUCGGCGAAAAGGCAAAAACUAAACCAAACUAAACUAAAGUAGCAAUAAGGUUAACAUA